CUGAACCAUCUUAAAGAAAGCAGUGGCUGAUCUACAGCCACUUUCUUCCUCUAGGUUUAGAUGCACCGUUGGAUGGUGUGCUAUCUUUACGCCGCUUAAGAUUGGGAUUAUAGUGAGUGUGCUUUAAGUAUUGUAGGUGAAGGCUGGUUGCGCAUAAACAACAGAUUGACGUCUUGCGUUUCGUAGACGUUAGCGAGCAGAAGGAACACCAAAGUGCUCUAUCCGAAUUCUGUGUGUGCCGCUUAUGAGGAAUAUAUUCGAAUCAAUCAUGGACUCUCUUAACGUUCUCUGUAUUUUAGUAGUUCUCGUUAGUGCAGCCACCGCCUACGGGGGCUACACUACCUACCAGGGUCCGGUGUAUGUACGUGCUGGGGAAGACUUCUCUAUAACGUGCACAACUGAUGCGUUUCGAUUUCCUAAAUGGACCUUGAACGGGCACAGCAUGGAGGGAAAUUUUGCGCUACAAGUCAUCAGACCAAAGGAGCGCGGUCGCCAGGAGGCAAAACUCCAUGUCUUAUCUGCCGGACCUCAACAUUCCGGCGCAUACAGCUGUGAUCCCUUCGACGUGGAUAAACACUAUAUCUAUGUUGUUGAUACAGAACGUCUAAACGACACCCAGAAAUGCUUCCUGAUUCAGCCUGGCAGAUCUCUAGCUCUCAGCUGUGAGCCGGAGUCAAGGGCCCCUUUCUUCUGGUUCUACGGUAAAGAGAACACGCGGUAUCUUCCGAAAGGUCACGUGGAAAUGCGAAAUGCUCAGUUGUUAUUUCAUGGAGUGCAACUAUCAGAUGCGGGGCGAUACACAUGCCGCAGCGUACGGGAUCCUUCGAUCGAAACGGUCUUUCAUCUCGUUACGCCUAUUACAUCAAAACAGAGUUCUCAUUGGAACACAGUGGGUCGAAUUGGUGCGUCAGUGGCGCUUGAUUGUGAUUUCAUUGCAGACCCUCAACCUCAUAUUGAAUGGUUCAUCGGUUUUGACCACGCCGAAUUGAAGAAGCGUGCACAACACCGCGUGCAUAUAUCUACAAACCCGAAGACAGGGGUAGCUAAUUCGCGUCUUAUCGUACAAAACGUAGAUCCCACCGACACCAAUGAGUAUACUUGUCGCGGUUCACACCUCAUGUGUGGUAUACACACCGAGCAGAUUAUAUCGAUGCGGGCACAAAAAUCGGAGAUACUGACAAACGAGGAGCAGACCAAAUUCGGCUUAGCGGUACUCGUUAAUCCGAAGCUUCAGAAGCUUAUUCUUAAAUGUAACUAUACUGGCACCGAGGACCACGGAGAUGCUACGUACGCUUGGUUCAAGGAUGACCAGCCAAUCCAAGAGGGGACCAAAUUUCACAUCGAGACUACCGGUACGGCCUCGGUGUUGACCGUUGAAGAUUGUAAUGUUGAUGAUGCAGGAAACUACAAGUGUAAACUACGAGGAGAGGAAGCCACGCUUCGGGUGCUUAUGUAUCCCACGUUGGAACAUGUGGAACGCUCAAAAAAUCAGGUCCAAGGUGAUCCCCUGACGCUGACUUGCAAGGCCCGUGGUUCCCCGACUCCAACAAUUAAAUGGCUUAAAGACGGGGAGCCUCUUAUAAUGGAUGAGCGAAUGGAGAAGCAAGAUAUCGACAGUGUAAAAGAUGCCAAACUCAUCAUUCGAAAUCUUCAAUAUUCGGACAAGGGAAAGUACGUAUGCCAGGCUACAUCGCUGAAUGUCACAACUGAAGUGGAGAUCAAUGUCAGGGUGAAGGACAAAUAUGCAGCCCUUUGGCCAUUCCUUGGAAUUUGCGCCGAGGUGGCAAUCCUGUGCACGAUUAUCUUCAUCUAUGAGAAGCGGCGUACUAAGCCUGAGUUCGAAGACGACGACGACAAGAAGGAAUCAUCGAGCCACAGAAAAUAAACUUUCGGGUUUUAGCGUUUUUUCUUCUAACAACACUGCAACAGUAUCGACAGGAGCGAAUAUAAGCUAGCUUACUAUUACCAAGCGAACCAAAUUUUAACUGCAAUCAUAUCAACGUCGUUGCUUAUUUGAAUAAUCAAUUGCGAAAUUAAUGUUGAUUUACUCUUUCUAGUCCCUUAUCGUCUGCGUGGCAUUGCGGAGGCACCCCAAGAAAGAUGAGCUCCUGUCGAAUGUAUGAUAAAUUGGCAACAUUUAUUGUACUGUAUAAUCCUGUUGGAAACGACAUCCACCUGAGUUUUUAUUACCCGCAUGGUUACAUAUGGACUCUUAUAGACGACUGAAUAGCACACUUCGACGUACGACUUUGUUAGACUUAUCCAUUGCGCAUUAAUGGCAACAAAUACCACGGCCGAAAUAUAGUUCUCCGUAGAGAUGCGAUGACACUAAACGAGGCAAAUAAUUUUAGGCAGGUAUUGUAAAUGACGAAAACGAAUGCGCAAAAUUACGCAACGUCGUUUGGUGAUGAUAGUCCGUCAGACAGCGUCAAACGUGAUGGUUGUCAAUUGUCUUGUGAAAUGAUUAUCGCAUCUAAUUAAUAUUAGUACAAUCAGCGGAAAAAAUAGAUUUUUUCUUUUUCACUUUUUUUUUAGUCUUCUUUAUUAUUUUUUUAGUCAGUUUUAUUUGAGAAAUGAAGCAAUCACUACGAAAAAACAAAAUGGCAGGAUCCUUAAAACCACGGCUGUGUUUAUGAUAUGCGUGUUAUCGACCAGUAUUUGAGUUUUGCAAUUGUUCGGAUAACAUCAUGAGAAUAAUUAUCUAAACGUGACAGUCGUGGAGCUUGGUAUGCAAAAAUGUUGGUGGAUGAAUAUUUUAACCAGUUGUACCAUGACUGUAGUAGUUUUAUGUAAUCAGUGUUUAAAUGCAAACACACAUGCGCGCGCAGAUAUUCAUAAGCAUACAAUAGACGGAUUCACAUAUUUAUAUGAACGCGUCGAGGGAACGGGAUACAAAAUGAACAAGUGCAAUGAAAAGUUUGUACCCAGCAGUCGUUUUAAAAUGUUAGGAGAAGUUUCUCUUAGCUUUCCCUUAAACGCGACGGUGUAGGAUUGACCUACUGCGCGAAAGCCUACGUUAACAUGCGAAACUUAAAAAAAACCCUGUUGAGCUUCGUCAGACGAAGCUUUGUAGGAAAGAAGUGGGAAACAUGAGACUAACAUCGUAGCAAAUAGAAGUUGUUCAUAUUUUGCAUUUGUCCGAUUUUCGAGCACAGGCUCAAAAAACUGAGGCCACAGAGGAGACACACACAAAUAUACGUUCAUGUGUUUUCUCUAAUUAUCUCCAGUAUAUAUAUAUAUAUAUAUAUAUAUAUAUUAUUGCUGCUACUAUUAUUACUACGGACCUAAGCAUUACAAAAGUAGAUAUAAUAAAGAUAAUAAGAACCUACAUAAAAAAGCGAGAAAGAGCGAAAGGACAAAAACGAAUGAGCGUAAACACUUCAGCGAUUAUAUAUAUAUACGUAAAGGAACGAUUUUAGAAGCUGAUGUAGUUUUUUGCAUUGUUACUAUUACUAGAAAGAAAAAAAAGAGGACAUUGAGUAGAAUUUGAUACAUAACGAAGCCGACGUUUCAUAACCAUUUCGAAUCCUACUAACACUAACUUGUCUUGUCACAUGGAUGAGUGGUGAGCGCCUUAAUAUAUACAUAUUUUCCAAUGUCCUUCCCCCGAAUUCGUUACGUUUUGUUCGUUGCCUAAUAAAUAGUAAUUAAUAAUAUUAGUUUCAAAUAAACCAAGAAACAGUUCAUGCAACCGUACUUUGUUCUGAAACGGUAUUUUGUUUCGAGUUUUUCUCAUAUUUAUAAAGAAAAAAUAAAUAAAAACUAAAUCAUAAAUACC